AUGGUGCAGCUCGAUGAGGAGCAGACGGUAGAUGUGCUGAAGACAGGGAAGUACUCGGACUUCACGAUCAAAUGUGGCGACAAAAGCUUCGCCGUGCACAAGGUCGUAAUUGCUUCACAUUCAGACUUCUUUCGAGCGGCCAUUGAGAGUGGGUUCAAAGAGGCCACUGAGAACGAGAUCAUCAUUCGAGAAUCGACCUGUGUUGCGGUCGCCAUGGUCAUAACAUUCCUGUAUUUCCUAACCAACGACGACUACUCUGGUCUGCAAACCAACAGAUACAUGGCCCUCAGGAGACAGUUCUACAAGGCCUUCCGCGACAAGUUCAAGGAAAAGGAAUGGAAAAAGAACACGGCCUUUGGAGAUGCUUUGGACACCUACCUGUUGGCCGAUCGAUACAUGCUUACAGAGCUCAAAGAGGCUGCAGACGAAGAGAUUGGACACUGGCUUGAGUAUCAGUGGCACAAUCCGCUCACACUGCAAGCCUCAGUCGAGAAGAUCUUCACAGCAACGUCAAGCACAGACAACCACGUUCGUCCAAAUCUUACUGUCUGGAUUAUCAGUCACACCUGCAUUGUUCAGCGAAUUCUUGGCCUUCCAAUAUCACUCAAACCGCUUCAAAACUACGACAAGAUAUUGGGGCUUGGUGAAACCCACGACCCGGAGGGGAUGCGAACGGGCAUCCGGUUGCUCAAGCGGCUACACAGAAGCCAGCUUAGUUCGGCAGAAAUGACUGAACCGACUAUUACAGAGGAGGAGAAUCGCUGGAGAUAG